AUGGCAAUCAAUGGCUUUGAGGAUUGGAAUGGAAAUCCAAUCAACAAGGAGAGGUAUGGGGGACUCAAAGCUGCAUACUUUAUCUACUUUAUGGUGGUGAUGUGUGCCAUGGCUUACACAACCAACAUGUUAAACAUGGUUACCUAUCUCCAUGGGACCAUGCACACCAGCAUUGCAAGCUCUUCAACAAUAGUCACCACCUUUUAUGGUGUCACUUGUGCUUUUACUCUCCUUGGUGGUUUCCUCUCAGACUCAUACGUCUCUAGAUUCAAAACCAUUCUCAUCUUUGCCCCUUUUGAGUUCCUGGGAUUUGCAAUGCUAGCAAUGGAGUCAUAUUUCCCAUCACUGAAACCAAAAGCAUGCAACGUAGAAGCCAUGCAAGGAAUAAUCAAAUGUGAGCAAGUUCAUGGAGGAAAUGAAGUUCUUCUUUGUGUAGCAUUGUUCACUAUUGCUCUUGGAGAAGGAUGUUUGAGAGCAAACCUGGCAUCAUUUGGAGGAGAUCAGUUUGACAGUGAUGAUCCUGUUGAAUCACAACUCAAGUCUAGCUUCUUCAACUGGUUUGGCUUUGUCACCUCACUAGGACUUCUCACUGGUCUUCUUCUCAUUGUUUGGAUUGAGAACAAUAAGGGCUGGGAUUAUGGCUUCGGUCUUUCUUCCGUUCUGGUUUCGAUCGGCAUCGCUGUGAUUGCUAGUGGUUUUCGGCUUUAUCGAUUCCAAAUCCCACAAGGAAGUCCUUUAACUAGAAUGUUGCAGGUUUUUGUGGCUGCAUUCAGAAAUAGGAAGCAUUCAUUUCCUGUAAGAGUAGAAGAAGAUGAAGGAGAAAUACAAGAAGAAAGUGAUCAUAGAGAUGGUGAUAAACAAUAUAUGGAGUUCAAAUUUCUUGAUAAAGCUUUAAUAAUGACCGAUGGAAGAAAUACUGGAGUUUGGUCACAUUGCAGUAAAGCUCAAGUCGAAGAAACGAAGAUCGUGCUUCGAAUGCUGCCUAUUUUUAUCGGUUCAGUCUUUGGUUACAUACCCAUCCCUCUCCUCCUCACCUUCAGUGUUCAACAAGGAACAGCAAUGAACACUAAGCUUGGUAAAAUCAAGAUCUCCCCAGCAUCACUAGUGGCCAUUGGAGUCAUCUUGAUGAUGAUACUAAUCAUCAUCUACGAUCGAUUCUUCGUCCCCUUGGCUCGCAGGUUCACUGGUUACACAAGAGGCAUCACUCCCUUGCAGCGUGUCGGUGCGGGCUUCAUCGUGUUAGCUUUAGCAACAAGUGUUUCAGCUCUAAUAGAGAGGAGAAGGAAACAUGCUUUAGAAAUGAAUGGAGUUCACAUCUCUGUUCUCUGGUUAAGUUUGCAAUUUCUCAUACUUGGCAUCACUGAAGUGGCAGCAUUUGUUGGAUUGUUGGAGUUCUUCAACACUGAAAUAUCAAAAGGAAUGAAGUCACUUGGCACUGCCAUAUUUUGGUGCAUAAUUGGGUUCUCAUCUUUGCUAGGAAGUGCACUAAUUCAAGUGGUGAAUAGAGCUAGCAAUGGAUGGUUGCAUGGUGCUGAUUUGAACAAGAGCCAUCUUGAUAAGUUCUACUGGUUACUCUCAUGCAUUGCUUCUCUUUCCUUCUUCAAUUUCUUGUAUUGGUCUAAGAAAUACACAUACAUACAUGAUCCUCAUAAAUAG